AUGGAACAAGUUUUAGAUCCAUCAGGAAAUAAGUCAGUUGCUGUACGAUUGGCACAUGGUGAGACACAGUUAGUUGCUGAAAUGAAAGAAUUUUUAAAAACUCAUGGUGUACGAUUGGAAGCUUUCGAAAAGCACAAUGAUGAGACUGAGGUGAAAGAAACAGAAGAUAAUUCCGUUGUUGUUCACGAAACAUCAGGUCAACGUAGUCGUUUAGAAUCAAAGUCAAGAUCAACUAUUCGUCAAUUAUCAGGAACUGCAUUUUUAAUAAAAAAUCUACCAGCUGGAACAACUGAGUUUGAAGUUAGAGAUUUGCUUAAACGGUAUACAAAAAGCUCUGUAACUGUUGAUGCUAACACUCCUUCAAUUCGUUCCGGAUUAAAACGUGUUCUAGUACCCCCUUUAGGCAUUACUGCUAUUGUAGAAUAUGCCCAUUCUCAACAAGCUCGGUUGAUGUACAAAGCACUUGCAUAUGAACCGUUUAGAGAUAGUGUUCUGUUUCUACAGUGGUUACCAGAUGGGGCUCUGAAAUCAUCCACUCCUGAUAAUAAUGAAUAUGAGGAAAUAAAAUCCGAAGAAGCUUCCACACAUAAACCGAAAAGGACGAAACAUGAGAAACCAUCUGUUGAUAAGGUUAAAAAAAUAGAGCAAUCUGACGAUGAAUUUGAACUGAUCACAUCCAUUCCAACUGAUAAACGCAAGUUCAGAGAUGAUCAUGAUGAUGAAGAUACAGUAGCAGUUAUGGAUCACUCAUCUCACCAUGACAAUGAAAACAUUUCAUAUCAAAUAUCAAAAUCUCAACGAGUUAAAAAAUAUUUAAAUAAAAAACAAAAGAUUGAACAAAUAGCUAACAAUAAAUCAAGUGAAUUGGAACUAAUCGACAAAUUUAUGGGACAUAAAAGUAAAAAAGUAAAAUUCACCAACGAUGUUAACGUUGAAUGUGUCAAUCAACUACACUCAAAUAAUGAAAAUAGGAUAAAUAAAUGUGAUACUACUACUAAUAUUAACGAACAACACAAAGAGGAAAUUAAUAUUAAAAAAUCAAUACCAUCAAAACAGUUGAAAAAGAACAAAAUUUUAAUUGUACGUAAUAUUCCAUUUCAAGCUACACAAAAAGAAUUGAUUGAGUUAUUUCAACCUAUUGGUGGUCUUGUCAAUGUUCGAUUACCAAAAAAACCAACUAGCGGACAUCGUGGGUUUGCAUUCGUUGAAUUCGACACAAUGGACAAAGCAAAAAUUGCAUUGGAGACAUUGGGCGUAGCUACGCAUUUAUUAGGUCGUCGUUUACUCAUGGAAUAUGCACAAAUGUAA